UUCGCCGUGACUGCUUUUGGAUGUUUCUUGAGUUCAAAUACAUUCUCUUACACAUGACUCAGGAAGAAAAAGUUUUUAUUUUUAUUUUUAUUUUUUUAAUGGUCAUGGCGAGGUACCAGUGACAGUUUGUCAUUUUGCUUGACGUUGUGUGAAAGGAGGAAACGGCGGCACUUCCUCAGCAGAGUUACUCAGUGGCAGGCAGUGCGUCGUAGCAGCUGUUAACUCUCAUUUGACUCCUCUUGUUGAAGUCAUGUCGUUUCGGAGAGCGAUCAGUCUUGCGUGCGGCUUCGCCGGCGGAUCUGCGGUGCUGGUGUGCGCGGCGGUCGCGGCAGAUAAACACGGCUACUUCGCAGACCGAUGCCGGUUGAGAGAGACCCUGGCUGCCGUGCACGCUGCGCAGCCUCCGGCAUGGCCCACUGCGAGCGGAUGGGACUAUAACUGGGACAAACGUGAUCCCUCAUCUCUGGUGAACGGGAAGAGAAAGGAGAGCACCGGUGACGGUGGAAGUCCGGAUGCGGAGAACAGCAAACCCAAAGCCACACGCCACAUCUUCCUCAUCAGACACUCGCAGUACAACCUCAAGGGGGAUGGAGAUAAAGAGAGGAUACUGACACCUUUAGGACGUGAACAGGCCGAGUACACAGGACAGAGAUUAGCGGCGCUCGGACUGAAGUACGACGUUCUCAUCCACUCCUCCAUGACCAGAGCUACAGAGACGGCUAGCAUCAUCAGCAAAUACCUGCCAGAUGUGGAGCUUGUGAGCUGUGAUUUACUGCGAGAGGGUGCUCCCAUAGAGCCUGUCCCACCCGUCACACACUGGAAACCUGAAGCAGUGCAGUACCAUGAGGACGGCGCGCGGAUCGAGGCAGCAUUCCGCCGCUACAUCCACCGAGCGGACGCCAAGCAGAAGGAGGACAGCUACGAGAUCAUCGUCUGUCAUGCUAAUGUCAUCCGCUAUUUUGUGUGCAGGGCUCUGCAGUUUCCUCCAGAGGGCUGGCUGAGGAUGGGCCUGAACAACGGCAGCAUCACCUGGCUGACGAUUCGUCCCAGCGGCCGAGUGGGUCUCAGAGCGCUGGGAGACUCGGGCUUCAUGCCUCCAGAUAAACUGACCCGGACAUGACGUUCUCCAGCUAGACCAGCAUGCCUCAAAACAGCCUAGAACUGAAGGAUCGUUGAGAUGGACAGAUGGUAGAGUUGCAAAGGAUUUCCUUAAAUGUUCUCCUGAAUGUUUUUUUAAGGCUAUUUUAGAGUCACAAUAUUCCAGAAUAUGGAAUGCGAUUUCAUAUUCAUCAACUUUAGGAGAAGAUUGCUGUGAAUUUCAUUUGCUACUCUACCAUGUGUUUCUGUGUUGAUCAGUGACCCCACAAGUGUCUUGAGUGUAUUGGUUUUGUAUUUUUUAAAACAAGCAAGUUGAGAAUUAUAGAUGUUUCUUCAAUUAGACACUCCUGUGCCAUGCUUUGUCUGAACUAAGGUGAAAUUAACCAGCAAGUGUACUUUUUUUAUGUAUAUGACGAGGCGUUUAUUUUCCAGUAGCAUUAUGCAAACUCUGGAUGCCUUGUUUUGGCAUUGGUGUGUAUUUGCACUGUUUACUUGGAAUCGUUUAUCAUUGUUUUAGAAGCACGGUGAAAUGUGAGUAUCUUGCCAUUGAAAGGUUGAGGAUGUUAUUGUUUACGGAAGUAAAAAAAUUCAUUAAUUGAGUUGUUUACAAGUGUCAUUCAAUGUUUGAGUCAGGUAAUGGAUUAAAAAAAUGUCCAGAUAUUUUACAUGAGGAAAAAAAGUCUUUGUGAGCAUAAGAAACAUUUGAACUGUCAUGCACAUGAGAAAAAUACCUUGUUUACAAAUAUAACAAAUGUGUUUUGUACCUUUGUACAUGUACAUUUCAAGAUUUUUUUCUUGUAGAGCCAGAGAAAGUCAGUGACGUUAUAAGACUGCACACUUUAUUUAUCCUUCGUCAAUAGAACAUCAAAUACUCUUCUUUAACAUACAGUACUGUAAUAAAAUAGGACUAGAAAUGCAAGCAACGUAAAGGCCAGGACAACAAAAAUAAUUCAAUUCUCAACAAUAAACUGCAACUCAUUUUCAAUUGGCCAGUGUUGGCACUACAAAGCAUCAUUUAACAAAAAGUAAGGCUGGCAUUGAUACAA